AUGACUGCGCCAUUGAUAAAAAUGAUAAUUGAUUUGGGGGGAAUAAAUUUAAACCGAUUGAAAAAUUUAAAAGAAUUGAAUUUAUUCAACACGACCACGUGUUCGCUUAAAAGAAAAUUAUUUUCGGACGUGCCGAAUUUGAAAAAGCUCGUGAUACAAAAUAACGUUCAUUUAAAAAUGGCGGAAUAUUCAUUUUUGAAAUAUUCCCGGUUGAAAAUAUUAACAAUAAACGGCAUACAUUUAAAUCCAAAUGAAAGUAAUACAUUUUUUAAAAAUCUAACCGGUGACGUCAUCAUUUCUUACAUAUCCGUAUUAGAUUGGUCUUAUAAUAAUUUUGGUAAUUUAAAAAAAGAAAUUUUAACGAAUUUUCGUCGCGUCGACACGUUAGCAUUGAAACAUUCGAAUAUAAAAAAUGUCGACGAUAAUAUUUUUCACCAUUUAAAUAUUAAAUAUUUACAUUUGGAGGGAGCAUUACUCAUGGUUAUUUUUUCUAAAAAUAAACCAAAAGGAAUUAUAAGUAAAAAUGAAGAAAGAAUGAAACUCGAAAACCUAUCGGAUAAAUCACGAGAGUUAUCAUUAAAUAAAAAUUGCAGUGAUAAACCGUUAUCAAUGAAUUUAAGAUUUUCAUAUCCAAAACAUUCCAAAUCGUCUGAAAGUUUUGAAACUCUUAGCACGGUCAGUUACGUAUCUGCCAAUCAACCAAAUCAAAUGGAAUUAUUAAAUUAUAAAUUGAAUAAACUAAGAGAAACAUUUCAAAAAACUAAUGGAAUAAUAUCAACAUCGUAUUUGCCUGUGAUAAUAUCAUCACCAACGACAAAAUCACCAUUAAAUGUGGAUUUACUUCUCGAAUAUGAAUGUCUAACUGCUUUAUUAAAAUGUGAAAAACUUUCCAUUUUAGUUGAUAUUUUAAAAAAUUUUCCAAGAUAUAUGGGAUUUUUAUAA